AUGGACCGCGUUUCCAAUGUUCGUAACAUGUCGGUUAUUGCGCAUGUCGAUCAUGGAAAGUCCACAUUAACCGAUUCUUUAGUAUCCAAAGCCGGUAUUAUUUCGUCAGCGAAAGCUGGCGAAGCACGUUUUACUGAUACUCGACAAGAUGAACAGGAUCGAUGUAUCACAAUUAAAUCUACUGCUAUUUCAAUGUACUUUGAAUUGAACAAAGAAGACCUUGGUGACGUAAAGCAAAAGACUGAUGGUAAUGAAUUCUUGAUCAACUUGAUCGACUCUCCCGGACACGUCGAUUUUUCAUCGGAAGUCACUGCCGCUCUUCGUGUUACUGAUGGCGCUUUAGUUGUUGUUGACUGUGUCGAAGGUGUAUGUGUUCAGACAGAGACCGUCUUACGUCAAGCCCUGACAGAACGUAUCAAGCCUGUUGUAAUUAUUAACAAGGUUGAUCGUGCCUUAUUGGAAUUACAACUUACAAAAGAAGAUUUAUACACUUCAUUCCAACGUACAAUCGAAUCUGUAAAUGUCAUUAUUUCAACAUAUUUUGAUAAAACUCUCGGGGACGUUCAAGUUUACCCAGAAAAGGGUACGGUUGCUUUUGGCUCGGGGCUUCACGGUUGGGGGUUCACUCUUCGCCAGUUUGCCCGACGUUACUCAAAAAAAUUUGGCGUUGACCAAGAAAAGAUGAUGCAAAAACUUUGGGGUGAAAACUAUUUCAACCCUGCUACAAAGAAAUGGACUACAAAGUCUAAUACUCCUGACGGAAAGACGCUUGAACGGGCGUUCUGUAUGUUUGUCUUGGAUCCUAUCUUUAGGUUGUUUGAUGCUAUCAUGAACUUUAAGAAAGAUGAGGCCUCGAAAAUGAUUGAGAAAUUGGAAAUAUCGCUGAAGAGUGAGGAAAAGGACCUUGAAGGCAAAGCUCUACUCAAAAUUGUAAUGAAGAAAUUCCUACCGGCUUCAGAUGCUUUACUUGAAAUGAUAGUAAUUCACCUUCCGUCUCCUGUUACUGCACAAAAAUAUCGUGCCGAAUCAUUGUACGAAGGACCUGCAGAUGACGAAUGCGCUAUUGGAAUUCGAGAUUGUGACCCAAACGCGCCACUUAUGUUGUAUGUGUCUAAAAUGGUACCGACAUCUGAUAAAGGUCGAUUCUAUGCAUUCGGUCGUGUGUUCUCUGGUACUGUAAGGUCUGGUCUCAAAGUUCGCAUUCAGGGCCCCAACUAUCAACCAGGAAAAAAGGAUGAUCUUUUCUUAAAAUCCAUUCAACGUACUAUUCUCAUGAUGGGUCGUUACGUUGAACCAAUCGAAGAUUGUCCUGCCGGUAAUAUUGUUGGACUAGUUGGUGUUGAUCAAUAUUUGCUCAAAUCUGGUACCAUCACUACAUCGGAAGCAGCACAUAAUUUGAAGGUUAUGAAAUUCUCUGUGUCACCUGUCGUACGAGUGGCAGUUGAAGUGAAAAAUGCAAAUGACUUGCCAAAAUUAGUCGAAGGAUUAAAACGCCUUUCAAAGUCAGAUCCUUGCGUUCAAUGUUCUACAUCCGAAUCUGGCGAACACGUUGUGGCUGGCGCUGGUGAAUUACAUUUGGAAAUUUGUUUAAAGGAUUUAGAAGAAGAUCACGCACAAGUUCCAAUUAAGACUGGAGACCCAGUGGUAGCAUACCGAGAAACGGUCCAGGCCGAAUCAUCAGUAGUUGCCUUAUCAAAAUCACCCAAUAAACAUAACCGUCUGUACUUGAAAGCCAUGCCAAUGCAAGAAGAACUGGCUGUUGAAAUCGAAAGUGGGAAGAUUAACCCACGUGAUGACUUUAAAGCUCGUGCCCGUAUCCUAGCUGAGACCUAUGGUUGGGAUGUAACCGAUGCUCGUAAAAUUUGGUGCUUUGGUCCUGAGACUACUGGUCCAAAUUUGUUGGUCGAUGUAACUAAAGGGGUUCAAUAUCUUAAUGAAAUCAAAGAUUCGUGUGUUGCUGCUUUCCAAUGGGCUACAAAAGAAGGUGUAUGUGCUGAAGAACAUAUGCGAUCCGUUCGAUUCAAUAUCAUGGAUGUAGUACUACAUGCUGAUGCCAUUCAUCGUGGUGGUGGUCAAAUCAUCCCUACCUGCCGUCGUGUCAUUUACGCAGCUUGUUUAUUAGCCAAUCCUGGUAUUCAAGAACCCGUUUAUCUUGUCGAAAUCCAAUGUCCGGAAUCCGCAAUGGGUGGUAUCUAUGGUGUAUUGAACAGACGUCGUGGUCACGUCUUUGCCGAAGAACAGCGUGCUGGUACUCCAUUGUAUAAUGUCAAGGCCUACCUACCUGUAAACGAAUCUUUCGGAUUCACUGCUGACCUGAGGUCAAAUACUGGUGGACAAGCUUUCCCACAAGCAGUUUUUGAUCACUGUAAGUCACAUUUGUGGCAAUUAAUGAACGGUACACCGCUAGAACCUGGAAAGGUUUCCGAUAUUGUUAAGGCCGUCAGGAAAAGAAAAGGUCUCUCUGAGGACAUUCCAAGUCUCGAUAAAUAUAUGGACAGAUUGUAG